CUGGCGUUUGGAAAGCAACUGUCAAAUGUCAAUUUCCAACUUGAGGAACUUUUAGGCAGUCAUAAAUAUUUUUAAAAAGUAAAUAUUAUUGUGCCAAGAGAUUUUUGUCAGUUUAUCAAACUUUUAAAAUGUCGUCGCCAGCCCCGAAGUCACCGGAACAAAGUGAGAAAAGCAAGAAAUACGACCGGCAGUUGAGACUGUGGGGUGAUCAUGGCCAAAAAGUUCUUGAAAAUGCGAAAAUUUGUCUAAUAAAUGCAACCGCUUUGGGUACAGAAAUUUUGAAAAGCUUGGCCUUGCCAGGCAUUGGUUCUUUUACUAUUGUGGAUGGAGAAAAAAUUACAGAUGAAGAUAUUGGCACAAAUUUUUUCAUUGAAAGUGACUCUAUUGGUGCAUCUAGAGCCCAAGUGACAACACAAAAUUUGUUGGAACUAAAUCCAGAUGUACGAGGUGAUUACAUCGAUGAAACUGUAGAUCACGUUUUAGCUCAUAGCCAGGACUUUUUUGAUACAUUUUCUGUAGUAAUAGCGACGUCUUUGCCAGAAAAAGUUUUGAUGCCACUGUCAAGACAUUUGUGGGAGAAAAAUGUACCUUUGAUAGUAUGUCGCAGUGUGGGAUUUUUAGGCUACAUACGAUGUCAAAUUAAAGAACACACAAUAAUUGAAGCACACCCUGACAAUGAAAAUGCGGAUUUGCGAUUAGAUAAUCCUUGGCCAGCACUACAAGAACAUUUAGAAAAAUUUGAUAUACCAAAAUUAGACAACAAAGAACGCAGUCAUGUUCCAGCAGUCAUAAUUCUGUAUUACUACUUAAACCAAUUUAAAGCUGAACAUGGUCAUUUACCAAAAACUCGAGCAGAAAAGGAAGAAAUAAAAAGAAAAAUCAUAGAAAGUCCACAUCCAGAUGAACAUGGAAUAAAACAUCUAGAAGAAAACUUUAAAGAAGCAAUUCGCUACAUAAACACUUGUGUCAAUCCUGUGAAAAUACCAUCCAACGUUCAGGCAAUUCUCAAUGAUGAUAGUUGCAUUAAUCUACAUCAAACUAGUUCUUCAUUUUGGGUGUUGUGUGCUGCACUUAAAGAAUUUGUUGAAUCUGAAAAUUCCCUUCCUCUUAAGGGCAGCUUACCAGACAUGGCUGCAGAUACAAAUAGUUAUGUAGCUCUACAACAACUUUAUCAAAAACAGGCCCAAAACCAAAGUGAAAUAAUUUACAGGAGAGCUUUAGAAAUUGCAAGAACAUUGGGUUUGUCUCAGGAAUCAAUUACCGAAACUGAAGCUAAAUUGUUCUGUAAAUAUGCAAGUCAACUGAAUGUAAUUCGUGGUAGUUGCAUUGCAGACGAAUAUCAAAAAACUGGUUUAGAUUUUACGUCAUACCUUGAAGACCCUGAUAGUUUGCUGUUUCACUAUAUUACACUCCGUGGCCUGGAACGUUUCAUUAGUGAAUUUAACAGCUAUCCUGGUCAACUGGAUGACCACGUAGAGCCUGAUUUGCUGAAACUAAAAAGUAUUAUUGGAAAAUUAUUAGCAGAAUGGGGUUGUUCACAAAUAAUUCGAGAUGAAAGAGUUCAUGAAGUCUGCAGAUACGGUGGCGCAGAAUUGCAUUCAAUCUCUGCAAUUUUAGGUGGGUGUGCAGCACAAGAAGCUAUUAAACUGAUUACGUCGCAGUAUAAGCCUUUAAAUAACACAUUUAUUUAUGAUGGUAUCACAUCUACCUCUGCUUCUUUUACGCUUUAGUUAAUUACAAAGUUGUUUUGUUAAUUAGAUAAGAAUAAAUUUUUUGAACUUU